AUGAUCAAAUUAGAGGAAAAGGCUUCCAAAAUUCUGUGCUCCCAACACCAGAAGAGCAUUCAAUAUGUAACUCUAAGCAAAUCCUCUAACAGCAAGUUACUCUGCUAAAAAUGCCCUUAAAACAACAAGAUUGCAAUCAACAAAGCCUCUGAAUUGCUCAUGGAUAUAAAUUAAGAUCAUCCAUUAAAUUAUCAUAUAAAAGAACUACAAAAACAAUAUGAAAGCUUGAGGAAGGAAAUCAAAUUAAAGGUAGACGAAUUACUUGAUGAUACUGAAGAUUGUCUCAACAGCUUGAUAAAUCAUAAAUUAAAUGACAAAUAAAUUUAACAUUAUCUCUAUGACGAUAAAUUAAAUGAAUAGGAUUUCGAGAAAUUACAAGAGAUAUUAAGCAAGUACUAUGAUUUUGAAUAAGACAAUCAAAUUGUUGCCAAAAUCCCCUCUAAUGAUAUGCAUAAUAUUUACUAAGUUUAAUAAAAGUGUUAGAAGAUAGCUUCAAUCAUCAAAGCCUUUUACAAAUCUUAAUAUCACCAGAGACUUGGAACUCAACAGAGCCAAGAGAACUUACUCAGCUAAGUGUCUCUAAAGAAGAAUACUAAGCCAGAAAAACUGCCUGAAAAAGAUAAAAGUGAAGAUGCAAAAAGCAAAGGGUUAUAUACAAUAAAAGAAGAAAUAACCACUAGUUCAGUAUGUCAUUGCAUUGAUUUAAAUAAAACUGCUACUCUAAUAGUCUGUGGUUUGUAAGGAAAUAACAAUGAAGAUAAUCUAGUUUUGCUUCAAAAGCAAGAAGAAGGAUUCAAAGAAUUUUAGACUUUAGUGGGUCAUGUGGGUGCAAUAAAUGCAGUCUGUUUUGGAAAAAUUAAUAAUACUAUAUUUUCAGCAGGUGAUGAUAAAACUAUCAGGAUUUGGAAUGAAUAUUUAUAAAGUAAAGAAAAUAAGUUGUAUAAUUGUAAAUAAAUUAUAAAUGAAGCUCAUAAUAUGGAAAUUCAUUGUUUAUGCAUAAAUUAGUUAAAUAAUUUAUUGGCUUCUGGUUGUCAAGAAGGAAAUAUCAAAAUUUGGAUAGAGGCUGAUGAGAAAUGGAUUAAUUCAUAAGUCUUGAUCUAACAUAGUUAAUGGGUAAAAUCAUUAAGUUUUAAUUAUGAUUCUACUUUCCUAAUUUCUGGAAGUGGGGAUAAAUCAAUUUGUGUUUGGUAUUUGAAUGAAGAUUGGGAACAUUUUCAAACUUUAGAAGAACAUACAAGUUUAGUGAAUUGUGUCAAUUUUGCAUAGAAUGAAAACACUUUUGUUAGUGGCUCAGAAGAUGAAACUAUCAAAGUUUGGAAUCAACAAUCAAAUGACCCAAACGGGAAGUUCACAUGUAUAUAAUAACUCGAAGGAGGAUACUAUAUUCGAUCAGUUUGUUUCAAUUACAAUUCUUUACUUUUAGUGUCUGGAUCCUAUAGUAAUAUCAAGGUUUGGGUUAAGAAUCAUGCUGGAGUGUUUGUAUUGAAUUAACAAAAAUAUUUUGAUUCACGAUAAGUCUUACUUUCAGAUGAUUCCAAAUCCCUAUUUUCUGUAAAUAGAUUCACCUUGAACAUUAGAAUGUUUAGAAUAAAGGAAAAAAAUUAAAAAAAUAAUUAAAAACUCACAGCCUGA